AUGUGAGGCACGGAGGGGAGGUGGUCUAUCAUAUCUUAUCUAAAAAAAAAACGAAUUUGGUUAUGGAGCUCAUCUGGAUCACAAAGCGCCCACGCGCCCCCCCCACGAAUCAAACCCCGCUAAGUCAGUUAACGCAGCGCGAGGAACCUGGCAGGAUCUGAUCAGUCCUCGACAUUCGCGGGCUUUUCACCUCCUGUGAGGAUUUCUUGCUGUGUCGCGUCCGUGGAUCAUGUGAAGGUGCCAGGAGCGCGAGGAAGGAGUGCGUCCAGCGAGCGCGCGUGCAGGAUCCAACAAGUGGAUGCAGGAGGCUGCACGCAGCAGGCAAUCCCUGAACCUGAAACACGUCGGUGGAUUGAUUUGAUACCCUGCGAUUUGCCAGUGUCUGCUUGGAUCACGCCACGCGCAGGUGACCUCCACGGAUCAGGCGCAGCUGUGGAGCGUCUCUGUGCGCCUUUGGCAUUUUUGGGGUUUAUUUUGGUGUGCAAGCUCAGACCUUUGCUGCUUUGAGGUAAUACACCACCACGCAUUUUUUUUUUUUUGUAAUUUUCAUUCUCUGACCGAAAAAGAAGAUCAAAGGGACACCACGCUGCAGACCCCCCCCUCCCCCCGUCGCCCCUCAUCCAUGGACUCGCUCCUCCGUUCCCUCAGAGAUCGCAGGGGGAAGUCGAGAUCCUCCCUGUAGGUCUUCCUUUAUGACGAGGGUGCAGGUGGCAGCCAAAGGUCGCAGCCAUGCCGAUGCAUCCAGUCACCUCCACGCUGAUGUACCGGGGCAUGUGCACCAUCCCCGACAUCCUCUCCUACAGCGCGCCCGUGAACCUGCCCGAAGACGAGGUUGAAGAGAUCCGUGAGGCCUUUAAAGUCUUCGAUCGGGAUGGGAACGGCUUCAUCUCCAAGCAGGAGCUGGGCAUGGCCAUGCGCUCUCUGGGGUACAUGCCAAACGAGGUGGAGCUGGAGGUCAUCAUCCAGAGGCUGGACAUGGACGGUGAUGGCCAGGUGGAUUUUGAAGAGUUUGUUACCCUCCUGGGUCCAAAGCUUACAGCAUCUGGGGUGCCAGACAAGUUUAACGGCACCGACUUUGACUCGGUGUUUUGGAAGUGUGACAUGCAAAAGCUGACAGUGGAGGAGCUGAAGAGGCUUCUGUACGACACCUUCUGUGAUCACCUUUCCAUGAAAGACAUCGAGAACAUCAUCAUGACUGAGGAGAACCACAUAGAAAACCCAGAGGACUGCCAGGCUCCAGCCCCACGCAGCAUGUCAAGCAAACGUGCGUGCGAAAGAGUCUGAUAUGCGCCUUCGCCAUUGCUUUCAUCAUCAGCGUCAUGCUGAUCGCGGCCAAUCAGGUGCUGCGAAGCGGCAUGAAGUAGAUAGGAGCCCUGGCACCGAAGACUGCUUUACAUAAAAAAUGACUGAAGAAACUACACAGAAAAAUAAAUUAAUAAAAAAAAAAAACAUAAAACAGACAAUCAUCCAGCUGCAAAACAGACCAACAGAUGACUGCAGAAUCACUGAAGACACCAAGGACUUUAUAUGAGGAGGAACUUGUCUCACUGACAGAGACAAACAUUCAAGGACGGCAGGAUUUCACAAAAAGACUCAAAUGUUUUUUUUUGGUGGACCGCCGAUGACACAUAUCAUUCUCAGUCAGAUAACCUUGAAUAUUCAUUAGCUGUGUGCAUUGAGCAGUGUUGCAUCAGUGGUGACAGCUGUAGAGAAGAAUGUGGUGACUGUCCGGUUCUGUAUUUGUCCUGUGCACCAUUUUGAAAAACUGAAAAAAAAAACUGAGGCAUUGUGGGUAAAGAAAAGGAACGACAAAAGCUGACUGAGAUGGCAAAAGAGCAGGAAACGUUAACUGGUUAAGACUGAGUAGUGGUGCAAUAAGCAGAACAGAGUGGGUUGUGGGAGGCCGCUCGAACCCGGUUCAGCGGGAAUUUAGGUCGACAUGCAGCAAAUACUCAACUCUGCUCAGCAGGCCUUGGAGGAAGACCACCAUCUAUGCAUGAAAUGCAUGGAUCUAAAAACAAUAAAAUAAAAAAAUAAAAAACUUGUUCUGACAUAUUUGUAAAAGUUUCUCUCAGUGUACUAACAAUCAUGACUGUGUUCCAGAACUGUUUCAAUCACCAAAUAACAACUGUGACCAAGACGAGUGGCGCAUUGAGCCAGCUGUUGCAAAAGCCAGGCAUCAGAUGCAUGAGAGGCUGCUUUUGCACGCGCUUAAUGUCAAAAAAUAAAUACAUAAAUAAAUAAAAGUUCUGCCUUGACAUGA